AUGGCGGCUCUCCCCGGCACCGUACCGAGAAUGAUGAGACCCGCUCCGGGACAGAACUACCCGCGGACCGGAUUUCCCUUGGAAGUGUCCACCCCACUUGGCCAGGGCCGGGUGAAUCAACUCGGCGGGGUCUUCAUCAACGGCAGGCCCCUACCCAACCACAUCCGCCACAAAAUCGUGGAGAUGGCCCACCACGGUAUUCGGCCCUGCGUCAUCUCUCGCCAGCUCCGUGUCUCCCACGGCUGCGUCUCCAAAAUCCUAUGCCGCUACCAGGAGACUGGCUCCAUCCGGCCUGGGGCCAUCGGGGGCAGCAAACCCAGGCAGGUAGCCACUCCAGAUGUGGAGAAGAAAAUAGAGGAAUACAAAAGAGAAAACCCUGGAAUGUUCAGCUGGGAAAUCCGAGAUCGGCUGCUCAAGGAUGGACACUGUGACAGGAGCACGGUUCCCUCAGUGAGUUCGAUUAGCCGUGUGCUCAGAAUCAAAUUCGGGAAGAAAGAGGAAGAGGAUGAGUGUGACAAGAAGGAAGAGGAUGGCGAGAAGAAAGCUAAACACAGCAUCGACGGCAUCCUGGGCGACAAAGGAAACCGGCUGGAUGAAGGCUCUGAUGUGGAGUCUGAGCCUGAUCUCCCUCUGAAGCGGAAGCAGCGCCGCAGCCGGACCACCUUCACAGCCGAGCAACUGGAGGAGCUGGAGAAGGCUUUUGAGAGAACCCACUACCCUGAUAUCUAUACCCGAGAGGAGCUGGCCCAAAGGACUAAGCUGACAGAGGCCCGGGUCCAAGUGUGGUUCAGUAACCGCAGGGCACGGUGGCGUAAGCAGGCUGGCGCCAAUCAGCUUGCAGCAUUCAACCACCUUCUCCCGGGAGGCUUCCCACCUACAGGCAUGCCUACGAUCCCGCCAUAUCAACUGCCGGACUCCACCUACCCCAGCACCACCAUUUCCCAAGAUGGGGGAAGCACAGUGCACCGGCCCCAGCCGCUCCCGCCCUCCACCAUGCACCAGGGGGGACUGGCCGCAGCUGCUGCAGCUGCUGACACCAGCUCUGCCUAUGGGGCCCGCCACAGCUUCUCCAGCUACUCGGACAGCUUCAUGAACCCGGCGGCCCCCACCAACCACAUGAACGCAGUCAGCAGUGGGCUAUCUCCCCAGGAAACGGGGGCCCAGAGAGGGAAAGUAACCUGCCUAAGAUGGAGGCUGACAGAGGCCCUUAAUAAAGACGUGAUGAGUAUCCUGAGCAACCCAAGUGGGGUACCCCCCCAGCCCCAGGCUGACUUCUCCAUCUCCCCACUGCACGGGGGCCUGGACACCGCCAACUCCAUCUCAGCCAGCUGCAGCCAGCGCAGCGAUUCUAUCAAGUCUGUGGACAGCCUCCCCACUUCGCAGUCCUACUGCCCCCCCACCUACAGCACCACUGGCUACAGUGUGGACCCUGUGGCUGGCUACCAGUAUGGCCAGUAUGGACAGACUGCUGUCGACUAUCUGGCAAAGAAUGUGAGCCUGUCUACACAGCGUCGGAUGAAAUUGGGAGAGCACUCAGCUGUGCUGGGGCUCCUGCCUGUGGAGACGGGUCAAGCAUACUAA